UCCAGCACCCCCGCCAAGAGGGUCACCUUCUUCCGGAGCGGCGACGCGCAGUUCGCGGGCGUGCGGAUGGCGAUCCACCGGCGCAGGUUUCAGUGCUUCGAGGCGCUCCUGGACGACCUCUCCCGGAAGGUUCCGCUGCAGUUCGGGGUGCGGACCGUCACCACCCCGCGCGGGACCCACCGGAUCAGCGAGCUCGAGCAACUGCAGGACGGCGGCCGCUACCUCUGCUCCGACCGCCGCUACGCCAAGCCCGUCGACAUGGAGGCUGCUGGGAAGGGCCCCGCGCUGUGGAGCCACGGCCAGCCUCAGGGCGGCCGCAGGAAGCCCUCCCGGCCAGAGGGGGCGCCGGCGCCCUCUGCUGCCCGCUACUCCCGCCAGCCCAAGCGCGUGGUGCUGGUGAAGAACACGGACCCCGCCAUGCGCCGCUCCAUCACCAUUAGCCGCCACGCCGCCCGCAGCCUCCGCGCCUUCAUGGGCCAGGCCUCGCAGCUCCUGAGCUGCUCCGUCCACAAACUCUACACCCUGGACGGGCACAAGAUUGACAGUGUGCAGGCCCUGAUGCAGUGCCCCAGUGUGUUGGUGUGUGUGGGGCGGGAGCCCUUUCGCCCCCUGCUGGUGGAGAGUUUGAGGAAAAGCUCAGACGAGAAGCUGCCAGGACUGAGGAACAAAUCCCGGUCCAGCGUCUUCAGCGAGAGCCAAGAGAGCAAGAAACAUGACAACUUUGGACUGGAGACCAAGAAAAGUAUCAUCCACCCCAGGUCGGACUCCAGCAACCGCUCAACCCGGUUUUCCCUGUCCUCUGAGAAGUCCUACACCAAUGGGCUCAACACGUCUCCCGGCAGCAGCGGUGGCACUGGCUCCUGCCCCCACGCUAAGGGGCGUCUGAUGAACGACGACAUCGAGAAACGAGUUGUGGUCAAUGAGGACGGCAGCCUGUCGGUUCAGAUGAGGGUGCGCUUCCGGCUCCUGAACGACGAGACGCUCCAGUGGUCCACUGAGAUUAAGAAAUCCGCCUUCAGGAGUGAGGGCUGUUUGGGGAAGGAUCAGGACCCCUGCGGCCUCCAGCAGGAACAAUCCCAAAGCUUCUCCGGGCCAGAGUCCGCUUCUGGCUGUGAAGCGGAGGGCACAUACGCUACGAAUCAGGAGGUGUCCCGCGGUCAGAACUGCUGCAAUCACUGCCCGGAGUAUGACAUCUGGAAGCACCCUGUCCAUGGGGAUGCACCCCCCCCUCGGCCUGCCAGAUCCUCCAGCUCCAGCACCUCCUCCCACAAAAUCGUCCGCAAGAAGGAGUCCGUGGAGAGCAUGCGCACCGUGUCAUGCUCCAGCGAGGAGUACACGGAGCGGGUGGUGGAGAGGACCACCUGCAUCCAGCACACAGCGGAGGGCAGAGACACCAGUGUAGAGUACUGCUCCAUCAGUUGCUGCUGCAGCCACAGGGAAACCUGCCCGCUGUCACCCCGCCCCCGGGGCGAGACCGGCCAGGAGACCCACCGCAGCCCCAGACCUGACAGCACAGGCUCUGUGUCCUCACACAAGGAGCAGGUCAGUGUUCAAGUCAAUGGGGUGGCGGAAAUCGAGGAGCGGCCGGUUUCAGCCACCAGCAACUCCUCCAAGAUACUGGAGGCUCUCGGUGAGGACCAGGGUGAUGAUGAUGAAAACAAUGAAGAGGAGGACCUCCUGCUUAGUGCAUCUGGGAGGUCUUGUAAACAUCUUGCUGUGGAUAAUCAGAAGGUGCACCCAGCACGGCCUCCAGAAGAAACCUCUGAAACGUGCAAGUCAUCCAGAGAUGUCAGGUCGAAUUGCUCGGCUGGUUCUGCUUCGCCUGUGAUCCAUCUGACCCCUCGACCCCCCAGCAAGGAGUCCAACUGCUCUGGCUGCUCCUCAAAGUCCCGAAAGUCACACAAGCCCACCUCCCCAGAUCCAGACGCUCUCCCACAUGAGGUGGAGCAAGACAAUGACAAAGAAAAAAGGACGAAGAGUGGUGCAUCAUCCAGACAGUCCUGUGAUGCACAGGGGAGCCCCAAACGAGCCUCAAACACAUCAGAGCACAGCUGCUGUGUGAGAGUGCCCCCUACAGGACUGGAGGGCUCAGGCCAGCCUGCUGCUGGAGUGGCUGAGGGAAGGCCCAUCAGCCAGAUAUCCACAGGCUCACCGGUGUGUCUGCACUGCGACGGCGGCAAGGGGGCCACUGUAACACAAGCUUCAGAGGCUCCCUCCCAAAUAGCCAUGGAGGAGAUGGUGGGAGAGGUUGAUCCCAGAUCAGUGAGUGCAGCGUCUGCCAGGACAAGUGCAUCAGCUCAAUCCACCGAGUCCAACAGGUCUGAAUGUGCCACAGACAAACCGGCGUCUGAAAUCUCAGGAAACGCUCACAAAGGCGAUAAGGAACAGGAGGAGGCAGAGCCUGCAGAUAGAGCUGCCAGCGCUGGAUCCUUCAAGUCCAGAGCCUCAGAUCAGUCUGGGAAGAGCCACAGGUCUGUGAGCAGCGCGUCCAGUCGCUCAGUCACGGGGAUGAUGUCGUCCGUGUGCCCUGGAGAGGUGCAGUCAGAAAGAAAAGCUAUUUCUGCUGUAUCGGAUAAAACGGCCACCUCUGCCCAGCCUGACUCUGAGCAUAAUGGAUCGGGGGCCAGAUUGCUUAAAUCAGAGGACACCAAUGGGCAUAUUGCAGAUGACAUAGCAGGUAGUGUAGAGGAGAGAGGUGCCAGCGCCGUGUCAACUAAGUCACACACUUCAGCCCAGUUCAGGAGCUCAGAAAGGCCUCUAACUCCAACUGGGGUGUCUCGGGAUAACAGGGUGAGAGUGGAAGAGGACCUAAACGGGAAAAGACCUGAUAGCACCACAUCUUCCUGUACGAAUGUGUCAGCAAACUCUCGGAGGUCAAACUGCUCCCAGGGAGACUUGCCUGAAAGGGCUGUUACCCCAGCAUCUGCAGCAAAGGCAGGAGAGACUGUAGAAAAAGCAGCUAGCGGGAUUUCCAACUGCACAAAAUCCUCUGUCAGAUCAAAAGCUUCCACUAAGCUGUCAGCUAAACUAGACAACACUAAUUGUGAAGACACAGAAAGAGCCCCAAGUGUAGCAUCCGCUAAGUCACACAGCUCUGCUGUAUCCAGGAAAUCGAAUAGAUCAGAAGGCCCUGCUCCUGCGGUUGCAGAACUGAAUGGAGACAUUGGGCCCCUGAGGCCAGAGGAGAGGGCAGCACGUGUGCUCUCUUCACGCUCUAAAGCUGCGGUCAGGUCCAGCUCCUCCAGCAAGCUAAUCCACAACAGCCAGGAGGAAACCUCAGAUAGAGCCUCAACCCCAGCAACACCAGGGCCAGACUGGGAAGAGGUCCACAAGGCUGACAGUACCUUUUCUGCAGCGUCUGGAAGGUCACAGAAGUCCAGGAAGUGCUGCUGUGUUGCUUCAGAGAGGGAUGGAACACCUGAGUCUGAAGCAGACAAGGUGGCCAGAGCAGUAUCUGAAAAAGUUCCAGCCUCUCAGCACAGUGACUCCGAGAGGCUAGCAACUCCCAAAUCCACGGUGUCUAUCUCCAUUGGUGCAGUGGAAGAACAGGCUGCUAAUGAUGCAGAGGAGAGAGUCAGGAGUGGCAUGAGUGUCAGGUCACUAGCCUCAGCUCGAUCCACCAAGUCCAAGGGCCAGGCAAAGAGGACGACUCCUAAAGUACCUGUGUUACCGAUGCCGAUUAACCCCGAAGACUCUCCCCAGCAAGCAGGGACACCUGCUUCUUUGGAGAUAGCUUCAGGCAGUGAGACAGAGGCAGCAAGCAUUAAGUCCACUAGCACAAAAAACUCCAAAAAAAGAAAAUCAGAAAACUACUUGCAUGUUCAUAAUAACAGAACCUCCUCCGCCAUGUCAAAGGCAUCCAGCAGGAAAUCCCGCUCUAAACAUUCACGACCAGUAGGUAAGUCUUCUGGGGCAGCUGAAAAUGCUGGGAGUUUACCCAGUGAGGGAGAAAGUGCAGUGGAUGCACUGACCGAUGAGGACGUCUCCAGUGUGGGCUCUCGAAACAGCAGGAGCAGUGACAUAGGAGACGGCACCAGGCCCAUCUCCAAGGCUUCAGCACGCUCAGGAAUGAGCAAAUCAUCAACAAAAAACCACCGCAUAACAGCAUCAGACAUGAGACCAAAAAGCAGCCAGUCCAAAGCGGCAUCUCACCUGCAAGUGAAUGGGCAGGCGGUAAAACCAGAGAGCAUUAACGGGAGUGUUCGGUCGGUGAAGACAAAAUCGGGUAAGAAGGCUCCUAUAAAUAAUUUGAAAGUUGAGGUCACCUCAAGGUCAAACUCUGCCAGUUCGCAGGAUUGCCUCAGUCCGAGUCCGCCAAAGCAAAGGUCUCAUAAACAUAAAGGAUCUGUCGUGUUGCUGGGGACCUCUGGCGACAGUACCCUGUCUAACUCACACUCUGCAGCAGAUCUUCUGAGGAAAAACUCAAGACAAGCUUUGGGAAAGCCCAAGUCCUGCGCUUCUGAAAGUACCCAUAAUGGGGCUCCUGAAGUAACAGACUGUGGCAAACAUGCAAGUGACAGCAAAAGUGAGAAGAGCUGUAAACCCAGAGCCAGGAAGGGCAGCAGAUCCUCACAGCAGAAAUUAGAAGAUGACGUGUCAGAACUGCUGCCCUCCAGCUUGCCAGACACCUCACCCAUAGAGGUAGUGAGCGAGUGGCUGAAGAAGAUACCAUCAGACAGCUCCAUUUAUGAAAUGGGAGACAACUUUGAGGAGUGCUGCAAGGGGAAGGAAGCUGACGAGGGACAAAAGGAACCAGGUCAGUUAACUAAUGACAUACCUGAUGAUGAUCAGGCUGAUGAGGGGGGAGAGCAGCAGCAGCAAAGCGCUGCAGCCACCGAGGAAAUAAAAGUGGAUAUCAAUACUGAACAGGCAGCAGAGCCGGAGAACCCAGACACCACUGACAUGCCCCCCUCUCCAGGGUCAAAAUGUCUCAUUCCAGACAGUUUUCCCAACGAUCGCCACUCCUCCGUACAGGUGAUGAAGGUACUCCUGAGCUCCAAGCUGGACAGGUGUAACAGCCUUCCCGAGGUGUCCCCGGUAUACGGGCGGAAACUCAGCUCCUCGGCGAAAGGCCUCCUGGACUGCCUGGCCCAGCUACAGCUGGUAGGCUCUGACCCGGUGGACAUGAAGGCCAAAAGUGCCAAAUACCAAGAGGUGAUGGGCAUCCUGCAGUCACUGUGGCUCUCUGACCCCCUGGACUGCCAACAGACUAUGCAGAAGAGUCAGCUGAAAGAGCACAAGCCAGAUGAGGAAUACAAUCCCAGAUCGUCUUCAGGAGUGGACGUUGGCGGUAGCUCAGGAGAGUCGGGGAAGAGCGUGGGGACGGUGGAUCAAGCACAGAAGUUGGAGGCGGCACAUGGCAGGAUCACUCCGGUCUUGGAGCAGGAUUCACAGCAAGAGGCCACUGAGGUCUCCCAGCAUGCCCCGGCGGACACAUCCAACCCAGUCACCCCAGACAUCGCCUGCCGAGUGCGGGGCACCCCGGGCGGUGCAGAAACAGACACAGAGAAAGAGCAACAGGAUGAAGAAGUGGGUCUGGCUUCAGAACAAACCAUCAGGAGCAACGAAAGCCCACUGGAUGCUAUAGAAACACCCUCUUCAUCAAACAAGAGUUCUGGGAAUGACAGCAACCCAGAGAAAUCCCCUACUGAAACAAACCCACAGGAAACCAGCUCUGGGACGCCCCCAUCUGUCCAAAGAGCACAGCUUGCCAGAAAAGCCCAGGACCCUGACCCCGUUUGGGUGCUGAGCCUGUUACAGAAACUGGAGAAGCAGUUUAUGGCCCACUACGUGACAGCGAUGGCCGAGUUCAAGGUGCGGUGGGAUCUGGACGAGAGCGUGUUGCUCGACACCAUGAUCAACGAGCUCAAGGAUGAAGUCCACAAGCGGAUACAGUCCAGCAUCAGCCAGGAGCUGAGGAAGAUCCGGGGCCGGGCCGGACGUGGCCCCAGGCCGCCCGCGCAGGCCGCCUCGCGGGAGUCCAGCCUGCAGACGGAGCAGCGGAGACGGAGGCUCAAGGGCAUGCGCAACAAGUCCGUCUUCUCGUCCCACGCCCGGAGCGAGGAGAACCUCACGGCCUCGGUCCCCUACAGCGACCAGCGCAGUGAGGACGAAUUCUGCCCCUGUGACGCCUGCAUGCGGAAGAAAACGGCCGCCAGGUCCGUCCCGCCCGAGUUCGUGACCCCUCUUCCCAUGAUGAAGGAUUUCGAUCUGAGGAAAAUCCUGCAGAGGAAGCAGGAUCCACCACAGCAGGAGGCACUGGCUGGAAACGAUGGGGAGGAUGAACACCUUGAAGUGGUGGAGGAGAAGGUCGAAGAGGAGAUUGAGUCUGAAAGAGGGGAUGGACAAAAGAAGGUGUUUGAGCCAGAGGAGACGGCUGGAGUGAACAUCACGGAGGAAGGCGAGGGAGAGGAGCAUGUAGUGGAGCAGGGGGGCGAUGAAGGUGAGGACAUUGUAGAGGCUGGAGAAACAGAUGCAGGUGGAACAGGCGCAGGUGAAGGUGAGGACAUUGUAGAGGCUGAAGAAACAGAUGCAGGUGGAACAGGCGCAGGUGAAGAUGAGGACAUUGUAGAGGCUGGAGAAACAGAUGCAGGUGGAACAGGGGCAGGUGAAGGUACUGGUGACGGAGAGACUGUAGAAGACUCAAAGGAGGAUGAGGAGGAUGGAGGUGAUGAAGGCUGUGCCGCUGGUGACAGUAUAAAUGAAGGAGAAGCUGAGAAUGAGCAGAAUAAGGAGGGGGAAAGAGAGACAGAUGAUGAAAAUCAGGAAUUAGGCAACAAGGCAGCGGAGGAAUUGUGCAGAACAGGUGCAGGAGACACUGAAGAGCAAAGGGCAACAGGGGGUGGAGACGAGCGGGCGGCAGACAGGGGGGAUUCUGGGACUGAAGCGCAGGAUGAACAGGGCAGGGUAGAGAGUAAGGUGGAGGAGCAUGAAGAGGGAAAACAAAGCAAUGAGGAGGAAGACAGGAAGCAGAGGUGUGGAGAUGAAGAUGAUGCCAUCGAGGAGAGAGAUGGGGCAGACAAUAUUAACUCCGGUUGUGAGGAGGAAACAGACUUUAAAAACCACCCCUUGAGACAAAUAACAAAGACUUCCAUGGAGUCUCAGCAAGGGUCGAUGGACAACUGUCCAGACCUAGAGCCAGAGGAAAACACUGAUGACACAAGAUGUUCCCAUGGCAAUAGCAAAGCCAGAAGCAACUGCAUGCAUCCUGCUUCCUCAGAAGAGGGGGCCACAGAUUAAGGAUGCUCCAGCACAGAGGGACACAAAAUGGCUUCCAAGCCAGACGGCAAUGCUGAAGGGAAACCACAUAGUCACUCAGACUUAGAAAUCAACUCAAUCAGGGAAGCCAAAAAAGAGGGAGAAUUGACUAAGCACUUUACUUUUUCAUUCCCUUUUACUAUGAAGUCUAGGUUUGAGUUUACAAUGAGGCAAAAUCAUAUUGCACCCGAGAACCCAGCUUACAGGUACAUGAAGAAACACAUGAAGGAUGCUUCCUAAUAAUUGACACGAGCGCAUUACUUUAUAGAAGUGAAAGGACACUAUUCCUAUUUCAAAAAUAGAUUAUGUGGGUAUUGUGUAAGUGAUUCCUUUGAAAUUAUGAAUGCGUCAAAUGUAAGUACUGGACACAAAAUACGUACAGUGGAGUAAGCCUUAGCUACAGAAAGCAGGACAUCUGACCAUUCAUUUAUUUAUUCAUUUUAUUUAUUUAUUUACUUAUUGCUUGCUUGCUUUUUGUUCGUUUAUACAUAUUGGAACCACAGUGGAUCGGCAUUAUAAAAGCAAAUUCAUGACGACUCAUUAUUUGUGUUCUCAGUAAUCUCAGGGAAUGUUAAAUAUCCCUGUGUCCUGUGUCCUAUAUCCUGUGUCCUGUGUCCUGGUCUUGUGUUCAGAGAAAUAAGCACAUUCCAAACAACCUGCCAGUAUCUAUUCUUUCUAGGACUGGGGUUAUGCUCCUGUGUUGCUUUGAAUGCGUACUGUGUUUAUCUAUCCUAAUCAGUUACCACUUUAUUACUAAUGAAUUCAUAUUCCAUCUCUGUAAAUGUCUAUGAUAUAAACUGUAUCAUUAUUUGAUUUACUUCCAAACAAAAGUCUCUUUCCACUCUCUAAAGGGUAUCCAUGCCUGUAAGGUGAAGUUACAUUAACUCACACAUUUCUGGAAGAUUGUCAGUUGAAGGUUACUUCCACACAAAUAGUUUAAUGAAAGUAUAUUGUUAAAAAAAAUAUUUUUAUGGAUGCCGUUUUUUUUUUUUUGUCAUGAUCCAUGCGGUCUUGAUGGAGCCGGAGGUUGUUCCAGAUGUGUUCGUUUGUCUUAUUUUCUGUCUUAAAACACGGUCCUGCAAACUACUACAUUCUACUUUUUCUGUAAAAAACUGAGGACUUGACAACAAAAAAAGGUUUAAAAUUUUGUAUAGGAUGUAAUUUUAUUCUUUGUGAAAUAAAGUAUUUAAACUAUCA